GGCGCUGGAUGCAGGUUGGGGCAUUUUACCCCUUUUCCAGGAACCACAACACCGAGCUCUGCGCCCCCCAAGAUCCGGCUUAUUUCGGUGCUGACUCCAUCUUGGUCAAGUCCUCCAUCCAUUAUCUAUACAUCCGCUAUACGUUGCUGCCUUAUCUCUAUACGCUCUUCUAUAGGGCCCACACUCAAGGGGAUACAGUGGCCAGGCCCCUAAUGCAUGAGUUUUACUCGGAUGAAGCCUCGUGGGAUGUGGACCAGCAGUUCCUAUGGGGCCCCGCGUUGCUCAUCACCCCAGUGAUGGACCCGGGGGUGGAGGUGAUCCAGGCGUACAUCCCUGAUGCUGUGUGGUACGACUACGAAACGGGAGCCAGGAUCUCGUUCCGCAAGCAGACAGCGCAGCUUUAUCUCCCCGCUGAUAAAAUGGGGCUCCAUUUGAGGGGGGGCUUCGUGGUGCCCACCCAGCGCCCCAACACCACCACCGUCACCAGCCGCAGGAACGCCAUGGGGUUGAUUGUGGCCCUGGAUGACGACGGGACGGCAAUGGGGGAACUCUUUUGGGAUGACGGCGAGUCCACGGGUACAAUUGAGGGUGGGAUUUACGUCCAUUACAACUUCAGUGUUUCCAAUAACGAGCUUCAUAUGGAAGUGACUAAAAACGGUUACACGGACCCAAAUUCGCUGAAAUUCGAAGAAAUUCGGAUCCUGGGAUUAGAAAAUGAGCCGACCCAACUGACAGUGAUACAGGGCAACACAGUGAUGGAUCCAUCCCAUAAUAUCACUUAUAGGGCCACGGAGAAGGUGGCGCUAAUUACGGGCCUGCAGUUGGAAUUGGGCCUUUCCUAUACGUUGCGUUGGGUUCUGAGUUCUGGUACUGGUACCAAUAUGAAGUUCGAUUGCCAUCCCGAAAGCGGAGCCACGAGGGAGGCGUGUGAGCAGCGGGGUUGUGUAUGGCAGGAGGACACCUCCCCCUUGGACAUCCCCUAUUGUUAUUAUGGCACCGCAGACAACAACUACGGGGUAUCGGAGCUUCGUUACACCCCAUGGGGUCUGGAGGCCAACGUCACCCUAAACACCCCCCAUAUAGGGGGCACCCAAAGGUCCACCACCCCUAUAGGAACCCUAUGGCUCCAGGUCAUAUAUCACAGCGACCACCUCUUGCAGUUCAAGAUUUACGACUACGCCAAUAAACGCUACGAGGUGCCGGUGACUCUGAACCUCCCCGAGACCCCGAUGAGCCCCAUAGAAAAUCGAAUGUACGAGGUCAAUGUUCAACACAAACCAUUUGGGGUCCAGAUCCGACGUCGGAACACCGGGACCGUCAUNUGGGACUCGGUUCUUCCCACCUUCACCUUCAGCGACAUGUUCAUCCAGAUUUCCACCCGUCUCCCGUCCCUUUAUCUCUAUGGGUUCGGGGAGACCGAACACACUCAGUAUCACCGCGAUAUGAACUGGAACACGUGGGGGAUGUUCAGCCGGGAUCAACCCCCCGGAUACAAAUUGAACUCGUACGGUGUCCAACCAUUUUAUAUGGGGCUGGAAGAGGACGGUAACGCGCACGGGGUCCUAUUGCUGAACAGCAAUGGGAUGGAUGUAACAUUCCAGCCCACACCAGCUCUCACCUAUCGAACCAUUGGGGGUAUUUUGGACUUUUAUGUCGUUUUGGGUCCAACACCAGAGCUUGUUGUCCAACAAUACACCGAGCUGGUUGGGCGACCGGUGAUGCCGCCAUAUUGGGCUCUUGGAUUCCAAUUGUGCCGUUAUGGAUAUGAGAACGACACCGAAAUCGCUCAGUUGGUGGAAGACAUGAAAGCAGCCCAAAUUCCUUACGAUGUUCAAUACACUGAUAUUGAUUACCUCGAGCGUCAAUUGGAUUUCAAGUUGAACCCGCGUUUCUCCGGCCUACCCGAACUUAUCAAUAAGAUCCGUGCCGAAGGGAUGAGAUAUAUCCCCAUUUUGGAUCCGGCCAUAUCGGCCAAUGAAACCGAUUAUCUCGCUUUUACGAGGGGGAUGGAGAAGGAUGUGUUCAUUAAGUGGCCUAACUCACAAGAUAUCAUUUUUGGGAAGGUCUGGCCGGAUUAUCCCAAUAUUGUGGUCAAUGAUUCCCUUGAUUGGGAUACUGCAGUACAGGUGAGUGGUGAUAGAAACCAAAGCAGAAUUGGGUCAGAAUUGGGUUUUUUGUUUCUGGUUUUUUUUCCUUUUUUUUGUUGUUUUCAGGAUAUGAACGAACCCUCCAGCUUCGUCCAUGGGGCCGUUUGGGGCUGCAGGGAUCAUGAGCUCAAUAACCCCCCAUAUAUGCCCAAAUUGGGGAACAGAGAAGACGGCCUGGCCUACAAAACCCUUUGCAUGGAGGGCGUCCAUAUUAUGGCCGACGGCAGCGAGCGCCGCCAUUACGACGUCCAUAACCUCUACGGAUGGUCCCAAACCAAACCUACCUUAGAUGCGUUGAGGAGGAUCACGAAGGAGAGGGGGAUCGUCAUCACGCGUUCGACGUACCCCACAAGUGGGCAAUGGGCCGGACAUUGGUUGGGGGACAACACGGCGGCGUGGGACCAGUUGUACAAAUCUAUCAUUGGAAUGAUGGAGUUCAGCCUCUUUGGGGUAUCCUACACCGGAGCGGAUAUUUGUGGGUUUUUCUCUGAUUCCGAGUACGAGCUGUGUGCCCGUUGGAUGCAGCUGGGGGCCUUCUACCCCUUCUCAAGGAACCACAAUGGGAUCGGAAAUAAGAGACAAGACCCCGUGGCCUGGAACUCCACCUUUGAAUCUAUAUCCAGGGACGUAUUGAACGUCCGCUAUACGUUAUUGCCGUAUCUCUAUACAUUAAUGUUCCAGGCCUCGGCCUAUGGCAGCACCGUCGUGCGACCGCUGCUACAUGAGUUUGUGGAUGAUAAAACAACGUGGGAAAUUUAUAAGCAGUUUCUAUGGGGGCCAGCGCUGCUUAUCAGCCCCGUGUUAGAUAAGGGCGCUGUGACGGUCAAUGCGUAUUUCCCGAACGCCCGCUGGUAUAAUUAUUACACAGGGGAAUACGUCGGUUUUGGGGGAGAAUACAGAGAUUUGAUGACUCCAUUGGAUCGUAUCAACCUCCACGUCCGCGGCGGCUUCAUCCUCCCCCUACAGACCCCGGCCAACAACACGGCCUAUAGCCGGAAAAACCCAUUUUCCCUUUUGGUGGCGUUGAAUGAGAGUCAACAGGCGGAAGGGCAGCUCUAUUGGGACGACGGCGUGAGGAUCGACGCCAUUGAGGACGGAGUCUACCUGCUGACCUCAUUCACCGCCCAUCAGAACACGCUGUGGAUCCGCGUGCAGCACCGCGGUUACUCCGACCCCAACACGCUUCGAUUCAGCUCCAUCCGUGUCCUGGGGCAGAACGAGGCGGCGCAGCAGCUCUAUGUGAUGGAGAACGGAGCCCAGCUGCCAUCGCAACACGUCGUGACAUAUAACAGCAGCACACAGGUCCUUGACAUCACCCAGCUCGAAUUGGAGUUGGGCAGAGAUUACACGUUGGAAUGGAGCUGAACCCAUUGGGUUACCUAGAACCCGACCCCCAUUGGGUUACCUAGAACCCAACCCCCAUUGGGUUACCUAGAACCCAAUCCCCAUUGGGAUACCUAGAACCCGACCCCCAUUGGGAUACCUAGAACCCGACCCCCAUUGAGUUACCUAGAACCCAACCCCCACUGGGUUACAUAGAACCCAACCUCCAUUGGGUUACCUAGAACCCGACCCCCAUUGGGAUACAUAGAACCCAACCCCCAUUGGGAUACAUAGAACCCGACCCCCAUUGGGAUACAUAGAACCCAACCCCCAUUGGGAUACCUAGAACCCGACCCCCAUUGGGAUACAUAGAACCCGACCCCCAUUGGGGUACCUAGAACCCGACCCCCAUUGGGAUACCUAGAACCCAACCCCCCCCCAGGACCCCAAAUCCUCCCCUUGUUCUCAUUAACUCGGAUUUAUGUAAAUAUAUUCUAAUUAUGCAAAGUA